UUUAAUUCUUGCUAUAUAACGGGUAUUGCGAACUAAGAAUGUUCAGAGAGAUGGAGAUUUGCUGAUAAGUGUUUGUUUUUGUGUAAUCAUGAGUAUAUUAAAGGUUUUACCGUUGAUGUACUUGAUGGUGAAAGCAUCCGCACUAGGGUUACCAGGAUUUGACCGAUGGCACGUAAAAGGAAAUAAUGAGAAUUGUGUGUGUCCUACGGAAUCCCCCACGAUCAUCAACAGUUUGGAUUCAAACCAUUCAGGUGUCGAGAGACUAGUUGUUUUCGUAUAUAAGAAACCAGACACAGGCGAAAUUAUCAGCUUCAUUCCCCAAAAGGAACAUCAGAGAAAAAUUCCUGAUUUCCCCGACACAUAUGGUCACAUUCAUAAUAUUGAACAGAAUCCGUCUAUUAGAGAUAUAUUUGAAAUCAGUCCUAGUAAAGAUGUACGGGAACAUAAAACACAUAUUGAACCUGUACCACAGCAUGACAGUAAUGAAGGCAAAGAAAACAUUCCUGAUGAUAAAAUACCUAAAGACUUGAACUUUAAUGAACAAGAUACUAACACUGACAUUAAAAUCCCGACAUGGCAUAUGUCACUUGAUCAAAACGAAGAAAAACCUGAACAUAUUAAGUCAUAUCCACUGCAGAUAUCAGGAGAAAAUGACGACAAAAACACGGACAUUAUGAUCAAUGACAUUGACAUGAAAAUCCCGAAAUGGCAAAUGAAAAUAAGUAAGAAUAAAGUUAUACCUGAAAACGACUUCAAAAUAACAAAACAUAUUAUUGAUGAUAUUGGCAUAAAAAACCCUGAGUUGCCAAUGCAACUUGAUGAAAUCAAAGUUAAUCCUGAACAUUUUAUUUCACAUCCAAAUGACCACAAAAAUACAGAUAUUAUGAUUGAUAACGUUAAAAUCCCAGAAUUUCCAAUGCAAUUUGAUGAAAUCAAAUUUAAACCUGGACAUUUUAUUUCACGUCCUAAUGACCACAAAAAUACAGAAAUUAUGAUUGAUAACAGUGGAAUGAAAAUCCCGGAGUGGCCAAUACAACUUGAUGGAAUCAGAGUUCAACCUGAACAUUUUAUUUCACACCCAAAUGACCCCAAAAAUAUAGAAAUGGUGAUUGAUAACAUGAAAAUCCCAGAAUUUCCAAUGCAAUUUGAUGAAAUCAAAGUUAAACCUGGACAUUUUAUUUCACGCCCUAAUGACCACAAAACUACAGAAAUUAUGAUUGAUAACAGUGGAAUGAAAAUCCCGGAGACGCCAAUGCAACUUGAUGAAAUCAGAGUUCAACCUGAACAUUUUAUUUCACACCCAAAUGACCACAAAAAUAUAGAAAUGGUGAUUGAUAACAUGAAAAUCCCAGAAUUUCCAAUGCAAUUUGAUGAAAUCAAAGUUAAACCUGGACAUUUUAUUUCACGCCCUAAUGACCACAAAACUACAGAAAUUAUGAUUGAUAACAGUGGAAUGAAAAUCCCGGAGAGGCCAAUGCAACUUGAUGGAAUCAGAGUUCAACCUGAACAUUUUAUUUCACAUCCAAAUGACCAUAAGAAUAUAGAAUUGGUGAUUGAUAACAUGAAGAUCCCAGAGUUUCCAAUGCAAUUUGAUGGAAUCAAAGUUAAACCUGGACAUUUUAUUUCACGUCCUAAUGACCACAAAAAUACAGGAAUUAUAAUAAAUGCAUACAUCAGGAGAAGAUGA